AUGGUUUCCGUAAGCACUGUCCGUUACAUUGGAUACGUCGGUGCUGCAGCGAAUUGGCUGAUACCCAUUGCUGGCAUAAUGAAUUUUCCCACAAGGAAGCCCAGUGACAUUGAUCCCAUGAUGACGAGCAUUCUUUUUGGGUACAGUGCCAUUUUCCUUAGAUGGGCUAUCGCUAUUUCACCAGCAAAUUACCCCUUAUUUUUGUGUCAUGCCACGAAUAGUACGGUGCAGAUUGCAACUCUUUUGCGCUAUUUUACAGCUGGAAGGGAGAUUUCUUUUCCUCACACGCGGUAA